UCCUCCUCCUCCUCCUCCUGUUCUCAGAGCCAUCGACGAAAGUUCAGAGCAGACUUCGCACUUUUUACAGCCGUCGGAUUUCUCUUUUCAUACGGAGCGAUGCUGUGAGGGACCCCCCGCACAAAUCCCGCAUGUGAAGCUGUUUCUGCGGGAAGAUGCGUUCCAGUUCGUAGCCAAACGGUCAACCACCAGAGCGUCUCCGUUCUCCUGCUUCUCCCCCUGAAGUGUGCCUUUCAGUUCAAUCAUGGCUCGUGGUUGCAUCUGCUGCGUCAAAUACAUGCUCUUCCUCUUCAACCUCCUCUUCUGGCUGGGUGGGUGUGGAUUGUUGGGUGUCGGCGUGUGGCUGUCGGUGUCUCAGGGCAGCUUCGCCACCCUGUCGCCCUCCUUCCCGUCGCUCUCCGCCGCCAACCUCAUCAUCACCCUCGGCACAGUCGUCAUGGUGACGGGUUUCCUGGGUUGCCUGGGUGCCAUCAAGGAGAACAAGUGCCUGCUGCUCAGUUUUUUCAUCGUUCUGUUGAUCAUCCUCCUGGCCGAACUUAUCCUCCUCAUCCUGUUCUUUGUCUACACCGACAAGGUGAGCGAAAAUGCCAGACGGGACCUGAAGGAAGGGCUGGUGCUGUACAACACAGACAACAACGCCGGGCUGAAGGAUGCAUGGAACACCAUACAGGGAGAGUGGCGAUGUUGUGGAGUGACAAACCACAACGACUGGUACGCUGCCCUGCAUGAAAACGUGGUUCCUGACCGCUGCUGCCAGCAGUUUUACCAGGGCUGUGGACGCAACUCCUCCAAUACCUUCUGGACACGGGGCUGUUAUGAGAAGGUAGAGGAGUGGCUGGAUGACAACAAACACCUUCUGGGAACCAUUGCCAUGUGUGUGUUGGUCAUACAGCUCCUUGGUAUGGCUUUCUCUAUGACGCUUUACCAGCAGAUCCACCGAGCGGGGAAGAAGUAUGAAGCCUGAGUAGAUUAACGCAGUCGUACUGUUAAUACUGGGUACAUAAAGUAUAUCACCGUCAUAUCUGUUACUCUCACCUUAUGUUUAUAGUUAUUAUGUGUGCCACUACAGCCUUUUAGCUCACACUUCUUCAUCUAUCCACCCAUUUAUUGUUGUGAAUAGAAACUAAACUAGUUUUUCUUACGAUUUGCUUUUUUAAAUCACACUAUAAUGCGUGUUUUUAUGUAAAAUAUUCGAGAGUAGGACUGGAGAGAAGAGGCGGUUGAAAGCUGUUGCCUGUGGAAAAGUCUAAUGUAUGGAUCCAUUUAGAUAAAAACAAGCUUUGUGUACCAACGUGUUCAAUAAAAGCACUCAUCACAAAUGUGA